GUGAAGACGGGCCGGGAGCUUUUGCGACAGUGGGAGAAACGACUGCCGCAGGCAUCUUUACGACGCGACGGGGGGGAGUUGGUGCCCAAACACUUUCAGCUUUGCGACAGCUGCACCGAAGACCCCGCCUUCGUCGAAGAAGGCAACACCUUGAAGUAUUCGCUUUACGGCAAGGGGAGGGGGGAAGCUUUCCUUCGCUCUGCUCGUUUCGAAGCGGUGUGAGCUAGCUCUGAGUUCCCAGAGCAGGGAACUGGUAGCUUUGUAAAUGAAAAUAUCUGCCCUCCCUACCACUGAGACCGGUUAUGUCUUUCUAGAGUGUCGCAGUCCCUCCACUUUGUAUCACAACUCUCCGCAGAGGCAGAUUGGCCCGGCUUUGGGGGGAAAAAAAGCUCACGGAUGUUUCUAGUCAAGCCUAUCUUGAGGUUUUAAAGCCACGAAUAAAGAAUGCAAAGGAACCCCGGCAGGAAGUUUCAAGCAACGGCGCUGAUAUUCCCCAACGAUUCCCCCAGAGCUGUCAACAAACCCCCAGCACAACUCACUCGACGCUCACGCUAAGCUUGGAGGACUGUGACGUCACAAUUAGGCUUCACGCCCCACGGCCAGGACCCCUGACUACGAUUGGAUAAUUCGGAUGAGGGCAGCGAUGGGGAGAAAGGCGGGAACAAAUCCCAGAGACAAAGAAAAGUCUUAGGGUGGGACAGGAGAGGAGGGGCGAGCGGAGAGGCUCCCAGCCCGAGGUCCCUAUACAGUUUUUCCGCCCCCCGCGGCUCCAGGGAGCAGUGGGGGAGGGGACCCAGGCCUAGCCCAAGCGUCCCCCGCCCGCCGCGGUGGGGGCGGGGCUAUGUGGUGCAGGGAGCCGGGGCGGGGUAGCUUAGCGUGGCCCCUUAGUGGUGCCAUGGAGAAGCAGGAAUCUCUGGGGGCUACUAGCGGCCUCGACGGAGAAUCUCCUGGAGGGCCAACCAGGGGAGUGCCCGGAGGCAUCGGAGGAGUCGAGGCAGGCGCCGGGCUGCCCUGCGGAGUAGCCAUGUUUUACGGUUCUGGGCCCCCCAUACACUCCGGGGGAACCGUAAUUGGCAGUCCUGGUUCUAGCCAGCCUUCCGGAGGGACAGCAGUCUUCGGUUCCGGCCUCAACCGGCAUCCCGGGUCCGGUACACACCCUGGCGGGCUUAAUCCCCCCUUCCCUGGAACCAGUGUAUGCGGGACGUCCAACCUGGGGUCCGGGGGGCCUGGGGUGUACAACUCGGGAUACAUUCCGCACUCCGGGUCAACUUGCAUGCACACCGACAAACCCUGUGAGGACCGGCCCCGGAGCAUACUAAAAAACAGAAGCUCCACCGUGAUGCACAAAUCCCCCAGGGCGGAGAGGAAAAAGUGUCAGCGCUGGGAUGAAAUGAAUAUUCUGGCGACCUACCACCCUGCUGACAAGGAUUACGGAUUUAUGAAGGUGGAUGAGCCCCGCACUCCCAACCACAGGCUGCAGGACAGCGACGAAGACCUGCUCGCGGGGACCUCUCACACAAUGACUGCUGAGGAGCUAGCAGAGAGGUCUUCCUGUACAGUGAUAACAGAAGCUCAGGGUCUUCAGACAACUUUUCCAAGACACGUGGCCACAUGACUCAGAUUGAUUUGGAUGACUCCUCAGCUUCCCCUGCCUUAAGAAAUCAGUCCCCAGCUUCAUCCACCACCGUCGUGUUGGAGAAUGAAAUUGAUCUGCGACGCAAGGAGUAUUAUAGCAAACGAAG